UGUCUGAUACCUCAACUCUGUUUAGCAGUUAUCAGACGAGUGAAGUUGGUGUAGCCCAAUGCCCCGCCAAAGGGCUUUUGAAAUCGAGACAGCAUUGGAUCAAUAAAGGGAGAACUUGCAUAUUUACCCUGCUAUCUGCCUAUCACCUGAUCCUCAAGCUCUCUUAUUACAUCUGCCCUUGGCCAUCCAUGUUCUCACGCAUCUCCCAGGUAACCCGGCAUCUUUCAGCUCCCGUUGUUGGCAACACCAGACGAUUCGCCCUAGGAAGAAUCAUGGCUCCUAUAUCGGCAGAUGAGCGCAACUCGCGCACCAUUUCUACAGCCGCCUGUUUGAUCAUCGGUGACGAAGUUCUGGGCGGAAAGGUAUAGUUCUUUGAACACAUCUUACUGUCUGUGUAACCGAAUGGGGGUAACUGACACCAUCAACGUAGACAGUUGAUGUGAGUAAUUGAAGUAUGGGCUAGAUAUUGUAUUAAUCGAGAUAGACCAACUCUGCCUAUUUCGCCAAAUGGUGCUUUAACCUCGGAAUUAACCUUAAGCGCAUCGAGGUGAUUGAGGACGAUGAAGGCGAAAUUGUUGAGGCUGUUCAGAGAAUGAGUGACCGUUAUGACUUUGUUGUUACUAGUGGUGGGAUCGGGCCUACACACGACGACAUUACCUACCAAUCGAUCGCCAAGGCCUUUAACCUGCCUCUCAAACUACACCAAGAAACUUUUGACAAGAUGAAACUGAUGUCAAAGGUUCAUCCCAAUCAACCCAAGUUUGAUUGGGAUGCCGACUCGCCAGCAAGAAGGGCAAAACUUCGCAUGGCUGAGUUGCCAAUUGAUGAAUCUCGGGACCUUAAGAAGCAAGCUCUCUUCCCUCAUGAUGAUCUUUGGGUUCCCGUAUCAGUCGUGAACGGAAACAUCCAUAUCUUGCCGGGUAUCCCUAGACUUUUUCAGAGACUUCUUGAGGGGCUGAAACCUCACAUUCUCCCACGUCUCAGCGACCCUGAGGGAAAGGGUACGCAUAGAGUGCUGUUCUCUACGCCUCUUCCCGAGAGUGGUGUUGCCGAUUAUCUCACAACCUUGGCUGCCAAAGUUGGGCCCAAGGGUGUCAAGGUCGGAAGUUAUCCUCGCUGGGGCAAGAAAAACAACACGGUCACACUUGUUGGACGGGAUUUGGACUAUCUUGAGAGUCUCGUUGAUGAAGUCCAAGCUGGCAUCCAGGGUCUGCGAGUUGAUGCUGAGAGUGACGGAGAAGAAGACCCGAAGCAGAUUAAGAAGCAGGCGACCGAAGACGCGGACAAGGACACCGCGGAGCAAGUUGUUGAGAAGCCUUGAUAUACCUUGAUAGCUGGGAUCCUUGGAUAUUUGGAAGUCCACAACGUAUGGUGGCGGGUUGUAGUUGCGCUGAUCACAGUAACAUCCGUUGGAACUCUGUAAAGAGUUGCCAUUGGCUAGAUUGCAUGUUUCGUGAAUAUCCUUGAAUAUAUGUAGACAAGUGUUAUAGAAUGUUCGGAGUUGCAAUCUGAUACCGGCGCACGGACUUGAAACUUUCGGUGAUUCAACGGUCGAAACCUGAUCGUCUCGUCGAUCAUGGCGCUCUUUAUUCAGACGAGCUGCACAGGUUGCAUUUUUGACCAGCAGGUAUCUCAGAGCGAUCUAACGUAUAUGAAUUCUGGUACCUGUGCAUCGAUUUUGCUGCACAAUUACCUGUAUAGGUACUUGACAAAUUUUGAAUCGCCUGUGGAUUCAGCACUUGCGGCCAACACAUGUCGUGCAUCCUGGUACAAAGCAAAGGUGUUGAAUCUUUGUUGUAUCAUACUGACUUUAGGGUUGGCAACCGAGAUAAGACAAUGGAGCAGAGUUGAGUCUCAUCUCCGACGCCCUGAG